AUGCAUCUCCUUGCCGCUGUCCUGGGUUUGGCCAGCGCCCUUGCGCUUACGAUCCCAAUUACCCAAAGCAGCACAGUGGGCUCAACCACGUCCUCAGUCACGCCUGCAAUGUGUACCAACUCGUCAUACCCAAAUGGGCCAGACGGCCUGCCGAUUGGCUCUGGAUUCUGCGGCACUCCAGAAGCUGACUUCAACAUCUGCUAUACUUUCUCGGACUAUCCUGGACUUGAGCCACUGAACAACAACUUGACGUUCAUUUUUAUGCCAACCGGCUUUCACUGUAAUCUUUAUGAGGACUAUAAUUGCACAGGAGACUUCUACCAAACACAAGAUGGAGAGAACGACCUAUCAAACCCAGAGCUUGGCAAUGUGGCUUUCAAUGACAAAACCGAGAGCUUCGAGUGUUAUCCUGCCUGA